AUGUCUGGCGAGCUCAAGACAUCAGCGGACUCCGCCGCUGCUACCCAGAGGGUAUCCAUUGACAGCUAUGGAUCAUCCAUCAGGCACAACUCCGACGGCCUCCAGCGCCGCCUCAACAACCGUCAGAUUCAGCUCAUUGCCAUUGGAGGCACCAUCGGAACUGGUCUCUUCGUCACCAUUGGUGAGGGCCUCGUCAAGGGCGGACCGGGCUCCCUCCUCCUUGCCUACACCCUCUAUGCCUGUGUCGUCGCUCUCGUCAACAACUCCAUCGCUGAGAUGAGCACCUACAUGCCCGUCUCUGGCGGUUUCAUCCGUCUGGCCGGUGUUUGGGUCGACGACGCCCUCGGUUUCAUGGUCGGCUGGAACUACUUCCUUUACGAGGCACUACUGAUCCCCUUCGAAAUCACGGCGCUCAACCUUGUCCUGUCCUUCUGGAGUGACAAGGUCACGGCACCUGGUCCGACCGCGGGUAUCUGCAUCGCCAUCAUCAUUGCUUACGGUCUUAUGAAUGUGGCUGCUGUGCGCGUAUUCGGAGAAGCCGAGUUUUGGCUCUCUGGCGGCAAGGUCCUUCUCAUCUUCAUCCUCUUCUUCUUCACGUUCGUCACCAUGGUCGGUGGAAACCCGGCCCAUGAUGCGUACGGAUUCCGACACUUCAAAAACCCCGGGUCGUUCGCGACCUACAUGACAUCCGGUGAUACGGGUCGUAUGGAGGGCUUCAUGGGUGCUCUGGCCACUGCCACGUUCACCGUUGUCGGCCCGGACUACAUUUCGAUGAUUGCCGCUGAGGCGAAGCACCCUUCCCUCUACAUCAAGUCCGCCUUCAAGACCGUCUACAUGCGAUUCGGCCUCUUCUUUGUUGGCGCCGCCCUCACCUGUGGCAUCGUGCUCCCCUACGACGACCCCGUCCUCAAGAAGAUCUACCUCGGUGGCGGCAGCGGCGGCGGCACCGCGGCUGCCUCCCCUUGGGUCAUGGCCAUGGAGAACAUGGGGAUCCAGGGUCUUCCCCACUUGGUCAAUGCUCUGCUCUUCACCACCAUCUUCUCCGCGGGCAACACGUAUACCUACUGUGCCACCCGGUCCCUGUACAGCUUGGCCCUCGAUGGUCGUGCCCCAGCCCUUCUCCGCAAGACCACCAAGAACGGCGUCCCCAUCUACUGCUUCGCUGUCACCAUGAUCUUCCCCAUGCUCUCGUUCCUGCAGUGCGGCAGCGGCUCCGCCAAGGUCCUGAGCUGGUUGCUCGCCCUCAUCACCGGAGGCGGCGUGAUUAACUACCUCGUCAUGUCGAUCACAUUCCUGAACUAUUACCAAGCGUGCAAGGUGCAGAACGUUGACCGCCGCAACAUGCCUUACUACGGAUACUUCCAACCCUACGGUGCCUGGAUUGCCCUCGUGCUGCAGACCAUUGUCAUCCUCUGCUACGGAUGGUCCGCCUUCCGUCCCACAUUCGACGUCGGAUCCUUCUUCUCCAACUACACCAUGCAGAUCGUCGCGCCCCUCCUGUUCAUUAUCUGGAAGGUUUUGAAGCGCACCAAGUACGUCAGGCCCGAGACGCUUGACCUGACAUGGGACCGCCCCAUCAUUGAUGCCUACGAGGACCAUCUGCGCACCCACGAGCCCCCCACCACGUUCUGGAGGGAGAUGUUGCAGAUGAUUGGCAUUGGGCGUGACAAGGUCAUCAAGGGAGAGAAGGCCUAA